AGGAGGUUUUGUUGAGGGCGUCAAUGAAAGACUGGGUCUCUUCGGUGACUACAUCGAUAUCUUCAGAGGAAUCCCUUUUGCUGCUCCUCCAAAGAGUUUUGAAGACCCUCAACAACAUCCUGGCUGGGAUGGUACGCUGAAGGCCAAGGAGUACAAAAACCGUUGCAUGCAGGUCACACUCACCCAAACCGGUACUCGUGGGAGCGAGGACUGUCUUUAUCUGAACAUCUGGAUCCCUCAAGACAAGAAAGGAGUGUCCACAAAUCUGCCAGUGAUGAUAUGGAUCUAUGGAGGCGGAUUCCUCCUGGGAGGUGGGCAGGGCGCAAACUUCCUCAGUAACUACCUCUACGACGGCCAGGAGAUCGCAGUGCGAGGAAAGGUCAUCGUGGUGACCUUCAACUACCGAGUGGGACCGCUGGGGUUCCUCAGCACGGGGGAUGCCAGUGUUCCAGGUAACUACGGGCUAAAGGACCAGCACAUGGCCAUCGCGUGGGUGAAGAGAAAUAUCAAGGCCUUUGGGGGUGACCCAGAAAACAUCACCAUCUUCGGGGAGUCGGCUGGUGCCGUCAGUGUCUCGUUACAGACGCUAUCGCCGUACAACAAGGGGCUGAUCAAACGAGCCAUCAGCCAAAGCGGUGUCGGCCUGUGCACCUGGGCUAUCCAGGAGAACCCUCUCUUCUGGGCUACCAAGGUUGCAGAGAAGGUGGGCUGCCCUACCGACAACACCACGGCCUUGGGCAACUGCCUCCGGGUCACCGAUCCCCAGGCUGUGACGCUGGCCUACCACCUGGAGAUGGUCAACCUGCCAUAUCCUCUAGUCCAUUACCUGGCUUUCACUCCUGUGGUUGAUGGAGAUUUCCUCCCAGACCGGCCAGAGAAUCUCUUCGCUAACGCUGCAGACAUUGACUACAUUGCGGGCACAAAUAACAUGGACGGGCACAUCUUCGCUGGCAUUGACAUGCCUGCUAUCAACCGCCCACUUGUGAAGAUCACGGCAGAUGAGGUCUAUAACGUGGUGCGGGGGCUGACUCUGCAGAAGGGAAUGCGGGCAGCAAAUGCCACAUUCUCCCUCUACACCCAGUUGUGGAACGACAACCCUGACCAGGAAGUCAUGAAAAGGACAGUGGUAGACCUGGAGACCGACUACAUCUUCCUGAUUCCCACGCAGCGGGCGCUUGCUCUGCAUAAUGCGAAUGCCAGGAAUGCCAAGACUUACUCCUAUGUGUUCUCCCAGCCUUCUCGAAUGCCUGUGUACCCCAGCUGGGUAGGGGCAGACCACGCAGAUGACAUUCAAUACGUCUUUGGGAAACCCUUCAGCACCCCGCUGGGCUACUGGCCUAAGCACAGGACUGUCUCAAAGGCCUUGAUUGCUUAUUGGACCAAUUUUGCCAGAACCGGUGACCCCAACAAAGGAGAGUCUACUGUGCCCAUCGGGUGGAUACCCUACACUCGGGAGGAGGGCUACUACCUCGAAAUCAACAGUGACAUCAACUAUGAUUCGGUGAAGCAAAGUCUGAGAGCCUCCUACGUGCAGUUCUGGAAUACGGUCUACCAGAACCUGCCUGACGUUUCUUCCACUUUCCUGGAUUAGAGACAGGCCAACAAACCGAUCAACCAAUUCUGUAAAAAAAAAAAAAACUAGCCAAAUUCUGAUUAAAUGCUUGUUUCUGGCUGCA